AUGGAGCUGGUCAAGUACAAGAGAGCGGCCAGAAGGGCUCAAGUAACGAAGCUCUGCAACGAGGUUGCUGAGCUCCGAGCGGACCGAACAGUGACGGACGUAAGGCUGAAAGCACUCUUGAGCAACCUUCAAACUGCCGACGUAGCACUUCGAGCGGUGAACGACGAAAUCGAGCCUCUGUUUGGAGUAGAGGAGCUUAAAGAGGAGUACCAAGGCGCAAUCAGCUACGAAGAAAAGACCGUAAAGGCCAUAGUGGAGAUCCAGUCACGUUUGGAUGAGUUGAGACUGGACCCUGUGCAGUCACAGAGCGGAGUCAACCCUGGGCAGUCGCAGAGUGGAGUCAAACUCCCGAAGUUGCAGCUCCAAACCUUCUCAGGUGAGUUGACAAACUGGAUAUCGUUUUGGGAGCAGUAUCGUACGGCACUUGAUGAGAACGCAAGGUUGACGAAGAGUGAGAAAUUUCAAUACUUGAGGACCUUGUUGAAAGGAGAUGCAGCAUCAGCUAUUCGAGGUCAACAGGCAACAGCGGCAUGCUAUGACGAUGCUAUAGACAUACUGAAGCAGCGUUUCGGGAAUACAACCCGGAUAGAACGUGAGCACCUGUCAAGGUUACGAAAACACGACGUACGACGGCGAGUACACGACGCAAUGCAGUCAGAAAGUUUCGAAGCCAACCAGGAUGGACAAGGAACAGCUCAUUCAGAAUCGAUCGCAGAAACAGAGACAAAAGGACUGGAAGAGUUGAGAAGGCUGCUUAUAUACUUGCGAGUAGAAAUAGAGAGCCGAGAGCAGGUAGCAACUAAAAUUCGCCGUGACAGGUAUCCCAAUCAGCGCCCCAAGGGCAAAAGGACUGGAGGUAUGACGACUGGAGCUGUAUUGUACGCUGGACUUGGGCAGCCUGGCGAAAAAAGGAACUGUUUUUUCUGCAGUGCCGCAGAUCACAGCACCGACGACUGCAAAGCAGACAUUACCCUAGCGGAAAGGUUCAAGAAACUGGCCAAAGAUAUGAGGUGCUAUCGUUGUACCAAGAAGGGUCAUCGGUCAAAGGACUGCAGAGUAAAAGUGGAAUGCAGUAAGUGUCGAAGACGACAUGCGUCAUCGGUUUGUGACCCGUCUAGACAACCGGUAGAAAAGGCUCUGGUCAGUGAAGUGGUUACCACGACGAACGUCUCUACAACGAACAGUCCACAACAGUGCGAGAGAGCAAGAGUAAUGCUGCAAACCUUCCGUGUCUGGGCAUCAUCGGACACCGAAUGCGCUUACCUCAGAGGCAUAUUCGACGGAGGAAGCCAGCGCACAUUUAUACGUGAUGACAUAGCCCGCAUGCUUAAGCUGCCAGUAAUUGGGCAAACAACGCUUCAGCUCAACACUUUCGCAGGCGAUGCCAGUCAGGACACUAUUCGAAAGUGCAAAGUUGUCGAAGUUCGGCUAAGAAGUCAGUUCGUACCAAAGGAAUAUGUGGUUCGCGCAAGCACCAUUGACUUUAUUUGUAAGGACCUCGAAGAAACUCCUGCCAGUAACGAACUCGUGUCUUCUGUGCGUGUCCACGGCAACUUCAUCGCCGAUGACCUCUUAUUCCCUAGUGUACGGAGUGAAGGCGAAAUAGGACUACUCAUCGGAUGCGACGAGCUGUGGAAGUUGGUCUCAGGAGAAGUAAAGAGAUGCCAGAGUGACGGAAGACUGGCUGCAGUAGAAUCCGUUUUCGGAUGGACCUUUCAGGGGCCAACCACGGUGACCAGCUACAGUACUACAGACAGUUCAACGACAGCUGUGUGCAUAUUGAAGGUUGGUGUGGUCACUUCUGAGGACGAUAUUCUGAAACGUUUCUGGGAACUGGAUAAUCUAGGAAUAUCCCAGGAACCUGACGGUAAACAGGAACACAACCCAGAGGUUCUGGAGGCCUUCAUACAGAAGUUGGAAACGAGGAACGGCCGUUAUGAGGUUGCGCUGACAUGGAAGAUGGGCCUGAGUGCGCUAGAAGAUAACUAUGCAGUAGCUAGAGACCGACUGCAGAGGUUAAUGAAACGACUGCAGCGAGACAACACCGUAGUGGAGUAUGAUGAAGCUAUCCGAAGUUACAUAAAAAAUGGUCAUGCCGAAGAAGUCAAGGAGGACAACGGAUCCAGUUUGGUUUAUUACAUGCCACACCGAGCUGUCAUCCGGAACAACUCGAGUACAACAAGGCUUCACUUCAAGUCGUUUCUGGACGUCGAUGAAAGGUUGGCUGAGUCGUUGCUCAAUUCCUUUUACGUGGACGACCUGCUCACCGGAGCUCCAACCGUGGACGAGGCCCUGGAUAUAGCUUACAGAGCGCAAGAAAUAUUACUUGAGGCUGGUAUGAAGUUAACAAAAUGGGCUUCAAACGCUGCCGAGAUACAACAGGCAUUGUCACCACAAGAUGUCAGCUGUGCUGUGAAGAGGCAAUCAUUUAACGAGCCCGCCCAGGGCAAGGUGCUUGGUGUUGUCUGGAACUUGUCACGUUCACAUUCACUGGAGAACAUCCGUUGA